UCUGUCUGUCUGUCUGUCUGUCUGUCUGUCUGUCUGUCUGUCUGUCUGUCUGUCUGUCUGUCUGUCUGUCUGUCUGUCUGUCUGUCUGUCUGUCUGUCUGUCUGUCUGUCUGUGUGUGUGUGUGUGUGUGUGUGUGUGUGUGUGUGUGUGUGUGUGUGUGUGUGUGGUAGCUGUAGAAUGAUGAGCACAGCAGUAUUGCAGGAAAUGCCCCUGGACACACAGUCUGCUGCCUCUGUGUGGACACUCUGGACUGAACUGCUUUACACCAUGUUUACUACAGACAGAGAGAAGGAGGAGGGGGGGGCUGAAUUAAAUAAUGAAACCAUGAUAAGGAACAGAAAGAGGUAGGACUUGGACAUGGAUGGGCAGAGAAAGAGAGGGUGGAGGAAAGAUGUGAGGAGAGGGAGAGAGAGAGGGAUGAGAGAGAGAGAGAAAGAUGUGAGGAGAGCGAGAGAGAGAAGGAUGAGAGAGAGAGAGAAAGUGGGGGAAAGAUGUGAGGAGAGCGAGAGAGAGAGAGUGGGGGAAAGAUGUGAGAUGAGGGAGAGAGAGAGGGGUGAGAGAGAGAAGGAGAGAGAGAAUGGAGGAAAGAUGUGAGGAGAGGGAGAGAAUGAGGAGGACAGAGAGAUGGAAAAUAUCAGCGAUUUCCAACAUCACUCCACAUUCCCCCCUUCCCCCAACUCUGUUCUACCCUCAGGAAUCUCUCCACCCCUCCCUCUUUUCCCUCCUCCUUCUCCUCUACGUCCUCCUCCCCUUCUUCCUCGGAGUGUGUGGGGUACUCUGGCACAAUCAUGCCCUCGUUCUCUCUCUCUCUUUCUCUGCUUCUGCCCAUCUCUAUCUGUUGGGUCAUGUGGCAGGCAAGAGAGGUGCAGUGUGGGAAGAGUGUGUGAGAGUGUAGGAUUACCAUUCAGAGGGACAAUGAGGGACUUACUAGAGCUGUUCUGCAUUGUAAGUACUAGGUUGUGUGUGUGUACGUGUGUUAAUGUAUGUGUUCUGUAUGUGUGUGUGUGGUAGUGUGUGUGUGUGUGUGUGUGUGUGUGUGUGUGUGUGUGUGUGUGUGUGUGUGUGUGUGUGUGUGUGUGUGUGUGUGUGUGUGUGUGUGUGUGUGUGUGUGUGUGUGUGUGUGUGUGUGUGUGUGUGUGUGUAGUCAUUGUGUGUGUUAGUUGAAUGUGUACUUCAGUGAGUGUGUUGAUGAGUUAACAGAAUGGAUGAGGUGCCGAUGGGACUUAUUAAGCAGAGAUAAAUGCUUACUGUGUACAGGGUGUCACGGUAUUGUCAUAUUCACGUGUGUAUGUAUAUUCCCACGUACAGUAGUGUUGUCACAAUACCAGAAGUUUGACUUUGAUACCAAUACCAGGUUCAUCAAAAUACUCAAUACCAAAUCAAUAUUCAGUACCAAAACGAUAGUCGAUACCAAAUCAAUAUUCAAUAACAAAACGAUAGUCGAUACCAAAACAAUAUUCAGUACCAAAACGAUAGUCGAUACCAAAUCAAUAUUCAAUAACAAAACGAUAGUCGAUACCAAAUCAAUAUUCAAUAACAAAACGAUAGUCGAUACCAAAACAAUAUUCAAUAACAAAACGAUAGUCGAUACCAAAACAAUAUUCAAUAACAAAACGAUAGUCGAUACCAAAACAAUAUUCAAUAACAAAACGAUAGUCGAUACCAAAACAAUAUUCAAUAACAAAGUGAUAGUCGAUACCAAAUCAAUAUUCAAUACCAAAACGAUAGUCGAUACCAAAACAAUAUUCAAUACCAAAACGAUAGUCGAUACCAAAACAAUAUUCAAUAACAAAGUGAUAGUCGAUACCAAAUCAAUAUUCAAUACCAAAACGAUAGUCGAUACCAAAACAAUAUUCAGUACCAAAACGAUAGUCGAUACCAAAACAAUAUUCAAUAACAAAGUGAUACUCGAUACCAAAAUGAUACUCGAUACUGAAACGAUACCACAGAAGAAGAAAAAAGAAAACUAUUAGCGAAGGCCAUAGAAAACCACUGGGCUGUACUUUCUUAAACAUUAAACAAUAUGUUAAUAACUGGUAGAACAACUCAAAUAACAAAUAGAAUAUAUUAUAUUCUAUAUUCAAUCGUUUAAAAAAAAUACAACACCAUAUUAAAUAACAUAUUCAAUUCCUUAUGUUUUAAAAUUGGAUUUUAUACAUAUCAGGGUUAAUUAAUUUGCCAUAAUAUUGGGUCAAAUAUCAUUCAUUAGAGCUAUGAUUCACUACAGCUAAAUAAUUUAAUGUAUUGAAUUAGUAGUUUAAUUCCAAAACGACAUAAAAAACACGGAAGCUCAUUUCUGAAGCAUGCACACCAUACUGUAGAAAUACAAUGGAUUUUACACAGCAUACUACGAUUCCCAGAGUGCAUUUCAACUCCCAGUGUGCAAUGCUCCGCCCAGGGCUGCUGCUGGCUAGUGGCUAGUGGCUACUACUAGCAAGCCCAGACAAACACAAAGUAGUCUAAAUGUAUUGCUGCCAUGGCUAAAUUGUGAGUGCAUUUCAUAUUUCUUUUGGGUUGUAAUCAUAUUAUAAUGCUCACAUGAAUGUCAUGGUGAAUAUAUGUUCAUGUCAUUGCCACUCAAAAAUAAUUCGAAUUUAGUUGCUAGUAGAAUAACGUUACAAUUCAAAAUGUCAUUUGUAAAAAUCAUUUUUUAUGUGCUAGCUUACUACUGCCACUUGAGAAGACAACUGCUCCCUUGAGAAGACAAGUACCCUUGCUAGUUUACAACUGCCCCUUGAGAAGACAAGUACCCUUGCUAGCUUUCUACUGCCCCUUGAGAAGACAAGUACCCUGGCUAGCUUGAGACGAGUACCAUUGCUAGUAUCUACUGCCCCUUGAGAAGACAACUGCCCCCUUGAGAAGACAAGUACCCUUGCUAGUUUACAACUGCCCCUUGAGAAGACAAGUACCCUUGCUAGCUUUCUACUGCCCCUUGAGAAGACAAGUACCCUGGCUAGCUUACUGCUGUCCCUUGAGAAGACAAGUACCCUGGCUAGCUUACUACUGCCCCUUGAGAAGGCAAGUACCCUGGCUAGCUUGAGACGAGUACCAUUGCUAGCUUACUACUGCCCCUUGAGAAGACAAGUAGCCUGGCUAGCUUAAUACUGCCCCCUGAGAAGACAAGCACCCUGGCUAGCUUACUACUGCCCCCUGAGAAGACAAGCACACUGGCUAGCUUACUACUGCCCCCUGAGAAGACAAGUACCCUGGCUAGCUUACUACUGCCCCCUGAGAAGACAAGUAGCCUGGCUAGCUUACUACUGCCCCUUGAGAAGACAAGUAGCCUGGCUAGUUUACUACUGCCCCUUGAGAAGACAAGUACCCUGGCUAGCUUACUACUGCCCCCUGAGAGGACAAGUACCCUUGCUAGAUUGCUACUGCCCCCUGAGAAGACAAGUACCCUUGCUAGCUUACUACUGCCCCCUGAGAAGACAAGUACCCUGGCUAGCUUACUACUGCCCCCUAAGAAGACAAGUACCCUUGCUAGCUUGCUACUGCCCCUUGAGAAGACAAGUACCCUGGCUAGCUUACUACUGCCCCCUGAGAGGACAAGUACCCUUGCUAGAUUGCUACUGCCCCCUGAGAAGACAAGUACCCUUGCUAGCUUACUACUGCCCCCUAAGAAGACAAGUACCCUUGCUAGCUUGCUACUGCCCCCUGAGAAGACAAGUACCCUUGCUAGCUUACUACUGCCCCCUGAGAAGACAAGUACCCUGGCUAUCUUACUACUGCCCCCUGAGAAGACAAGUACCCUUGCUAGCUUACUACUGCCCCUUGAGAAGAUUUGGGCAAAUUAAUAGACAGACUCGAUGCGCUCAAUCCGUAUGCGACGAGACACACAUUUGACAGAAGUACCGAAACUAACAAAAAUUCUAGUUCUAGUAUUGAAGAAGUACAGAAGUUUUGGUAUACCUUGCAACACUAGCGUACAGUAUAACCUAAUUGUAUACUGUGUGUGUGUGUUGUCAAGAUGUCAUUACUAUCGCUGAUUAUAUACAUGAGAAUGUGUCCUUUGUGUGUGUGUGCAUGAGAUGGGUUGUCAGAGUCCCCAGGGUGAUGGCUCUUAUGUUCUGUUCCAUGUAGGGCUGUCAAGGUGACCGUAUUACCGCCACACCGGCAGUCACGAGUCAUGACCGCAGUCUAAUUUCCUGAUGAUUGUUGGUCACGGUAAUCCCAUCCAGAACUGAGCAAAUGAAUGGCGCUGAUGGGUAGCCUACAAAACUUGCUAACGGCCCUCGCUAAUGGCCUGGUACUCAGCACUCUAUUGUCCCUCUAAUCACUUAAUGAUUGAAUUUGAAUAAUCUGAAUGAUGAGGACAAAUAGUGAUGGGAGAUAGAGCUCCCGUUCCAAAGUGGACACAGUAAUUAACCCAAUAUGCAUGAAUACAUAUUUAAAACCUCUUCCGAAAGGACCUAAAGGACAAUCGGUCCAGUCCGAGUGAGGGAAGCAGCAAAAAAGCCAACUGUUUUGCUACUUUAUUAAACCGGAACCAUGGAGAAAAGGAGAGAGAGGCCCAGUGGGAGCGGCUGUAUACUUACUAUAAGGGAGUGGAGGCAGAGUGAACAGCUGUAUACUAUAAGGGAGUGGAGGCAGAGUGAACAGCUGGAGACUAUAAGGGAGUGGAGGCAGAGUGAACAGCUGGAGACUAUAAGGGAGUGGAGGCAGAGUGAACAGCUGGAGACUAUAAGGGAGUGGAGGCAGAGUGAACAGCUGGAGACUAUAAGGGAGUGGAGGCAGAGUGAACAGCUGGAGACUAUAAGGGAGUGGAGGCAGAGUGAACAGCUGGAGACUAUAAGGGAGUGGAGGCAGAGUGAACAGCUGGAGACUAUAAGGGAGUGGAGGCAGAGUGAACAGCUGGAGACUAUAAGGGAGUGGAGGCAGAGUGAACAGCUGGAGACUAUAAGGGAGUGGAUGCAGAGUGAACAGCUGGAGACUAUAAGGGAUUGGAGGCAGAGUGAACAGCUGUAUACUAUAAGGGAGUGGAGGCAGAGUGAACAGCUGGAGACUAUAAGGGAGUGGAGGCAGAGUGAACAGCUGGAGACUAUAAGGGAGUGGAGGCAGAGUGAACAGCUGGAGACUAUAAGGGAGUGGAGGCAGAGUGGACAGCUGUAUACUAUAAGGGAGUGGAGGCAGAGUGAACAGCUUGAGACUAUAAGGGAGUGGAGGCAGAGUGAACAGCUGGAGACUAUAAGGGAGUGGAGGCAGAGUGAACAGCUGGAGACUAUAAGGGAGUGGGGGCAGAGUGAACAGCUGGAGACUAUAAGGGAGUGGAGGCAGAGUGAACAGCUGUAUACUAUAAGGGAGUGGAGGCAGAGUGAACAGCUGGAGACUAUAAGGGAGUGGAGGCAGAGUGAACAGCUGUAUACUAUAAGGGAGUGGAAGCAGAGUGAACAGCUGUAUACUAUAAGGGAGUGGAGGCAGAGUGAACAGCUGUAUACUAUAAGGGAGUGGAGGCAGAGUGAACAGCUGUAUACUAUAAGGGAGUGGAGGCAGAGUGAACAGCUGGAGACUAUAAGGGAGUGGGGGCAGAGUGAACAGCUGGAGACUAUAAGGGAGUGGAGGCAGAGUGAACAGCUGGAGACUAUAAGGGAGUGGAGGCAGAGUGAACGGCUGGAGACUAUAAGGGUGUGGAGGCAGAGUGAACAGCUGGAGGCUAUAAGGGAGUGGAGGCAGAGUGAACAGCGGAGACUAUAAGGGAGUGGGGGCAGAGUGAACAGCUGGAGACUAUAAGGGAGUGAAGGCAGAGUGAACAGCUGGAGACUAUAAGGGAGUGGAGGCAGAGUGAACAGCUGGAGACUAUAAGGGAGUGGAGGCAGAGUGAACAGCUGGAGACUAUAAGGGAGUGGAGGCAGAGUGAACAGCUGGAGACUAUAAGGGAGUGGAGGCAGAGUGAACAGCUGGAGACUAUAAGGGAGUGGAGGCAGAGUGAACAGCUGGAGACUAUAAGGGAGUGGGGGCAGAGUGAACAGCUGGAGACUAUAAGGGAGUGGAGGCAGUGUGAACAGCUGGAGACUAUAAGGGAGUGGAGGCAGAGUGAACGGCUGGAGACUAUAAGGGUGUGGAGGCAGAGUGAACAGCUGGAGACUAUACGGGAGUGGAGGCAGAGUGAACAGCUGGAGACUAUAAGGGAGUGGAGGCAGAGUGAACAGCUGGAGACUAUAAGGGAGUGGAGGCAGAGUGAACAGCUGGAGACUAUAAGGGAGUGGAGGCAGAGUGAACAGCUGGAGAUUAUAAGGGAGAGGAGGCAGAGUGAACAGCUGGAGACUAUAAGGGAGUGGAGGCAGAGUGAACAGCUGUAUACUAUAAGGGAGUGGAGGCAGAGUGAACAGCUGGAGACUAUAAGGGAGUGGAGGCAGAGUGAACAGCUGGAGACUAUAAGGGAGUGGAGGCAGAGUGAACAGCUGGAGACUAUAAGGGAGAGGAGGCAGAGUGAACAGCUGGAGACUAUAAGGGAGUGGAGGCAGAGUGAACAGCUGUAUACUAUAAGGGAGUGGAGGCAGAGUGAACAGCUGGAGACUAUAAGGGAGUGGAGGCAGAGUGAACAGCUGUAUACUAUAAGGGAGUGGAGGCAGAGUGAACAGCUGGAGACUAUAAGGGAGUGGAGGCAGAGUGAACAGCUGGAGACUAUAAGGGAGUGGAGGCAGAGUGAACAGCUGGAGACUAUAAGGGAGUGGGGGCAGAGUGAACAGCUGGAGACUAUAAGGGAGUGGAGGCAGAGUGAACAGCUGGAGACUAUAAGGGAGUGGAGGC